AUGGCGUCCACGCCUCCCCGAACCAACGGCGUCACAGGCCUUCUCAAGAACGUCAAGAAUAAAUUGACCGGGUCGCACGAGACGGAUUCUUCGACGACGACGACUAUGACUUCGGAAGAGAGGAGGCAUCUCAAUGCCGAGACGGGUGUGGAUGUUGAUCAGUUUGAGAAGGCUUUUAUACAACAUCACCACUACGAGGAUGAUGGCAGUAUGUUACACUCGAGCGACUCGGAAGGCAUUUCGGAACAACUCGAGGUUGUGUUCGAGCGGCAAGAUGCUCAGAGGAGGAGGGCGUCUUUAGUACCGGACUCUGCUCGACGGCCACAUUCGAGCCGGAAGAGGACCGCGUGUUUCGUGCAUUCGUUACUGGAAGAGAAGGCGAAGGCUGGGCAGAUGAAAGUCAAGGAUGAGGGGCUACAUAAACCUGCCGACAAGGAGACUGAACACCCUCAAGAUGGACAACAUACCCAGUCGAGGCUGUUGACGAAGAAGCAACUGUCUGAUAUGGCGUUCGGAAUUCGCGAGUUGAGCAAGAAGCUGGGGCAUGUCAGGUUGUUGCUUAAAGUUCGGAACGUCUUCCUCCUUACGAAAGCACACGAUCAGACGCUCAUCAGGAAAACGAGAGAUGUUGCCGAGUGGCUCUUGCAACAGAAGAAUGCCGAGGGGAAGCAAUACAACGUCUGGGUGGAGGACACGAUGCAAAACAGCAAGUCCUUCGAUGCACCUGGGUUAAUAGCCCAGGACCAGUCCUACAAGGAACGAUUAAAGUACUGGAACAACGAGCUUUGCGCCAGGAAACCACACACAUUCGAGAUAUGUCUUGCUCUUGGAGGAGAUGGAACCGUCCUGUAUGCAUCAUGGCUGUUCCAACGGAUUGUGCCUCCGGUCAUGUCCUUUGCACUGGGAUCUUUGGGUUUCCUCACCAAAUUCGACUUCGAAAAGCACCCUCAAAUCCUCCAACGAGCCUUCAACGAAGGAGUUACUGUCUCCCUUCGCCUACGAUUCGAAGCGACGAUCAUGCGGACAGUACAUCGACAAGACCACGAAGAGCAGUGUUCGAGAGACUUGAUCGACGAGCUCAUCGGCCAUGCCAGUGACGAUGCAACGACACACCGUCCGGACGGCAGCCACAACAUCUUGAACGAUAUCGUAAUGGAUAGAGGACCUUGUCCGACGAUGACGAGCAUCGAGGUGUUUGGAGAUGAUGAGCACUUCACCACUGUGCAAGCAGAUGGUAUCUGCGUGGCGACACCAACUGGAUCAACCGCGUACAACCUCGCCGCUGGUGGCAGUUUGUGUCAUCCUGAUAACCCUGUUAUACUCGUCACUGCGAUUGCGCCGCAUACGCUCAGCUUCAGGCCGAUCAUUCUGCCCGACACGAUUGUGCUUCGCAUUGGCGUUCCCUACGAUGCUAGAGCCAGCUGCUGGGCAAGCUUUGAUGGGAAGGAGAGGUCUGAACUCCGACCAGGCGACUACGUAACCAUCUCAGCCAGCAGAUUCCCCUUCCCGAGUGUCCUACCUUUAGACCGCCGCAACGAAGACUGGGUCGAGAGCAUUUCGCGAACCCUCAACUGGAACAACCGGCAGCGGCAAAAGGCCUUCACAGAGGAGAAGAAGUCAUGA